UGUCUUUACCAUUGCUGCGGUAAACUAAGUCUGUCUCCUCCUCCCAGUUUCGGGCACUAGAGCUCACACGCGGACGGCAAGGACCCUCCGCCUCAGCACUUUUUCAAAGUGCACGCAUGCAUGUGCAAGAAACAGUGCAUGCGGCUGCAUUAUUGAUGAGCGCGGAUCCUUGGAAUGACCUGGCAGGGCCGUCCUGUGAGCGUGUGAGAGCGAGUGAGGGUGGGUGUCAGCAGAGAUGGGGGAAAGGAGUGCAGCGCAGCAGCCUCAAUACGACGGCCUGUGCAACUAUGCCCAGAAAAUCACCUCCUGCUUCGGACUGGACGUGGCACAUACGCAGGACGCUCACCACCAUUCGGACAAGCCUCUGAUCCAGUGCUAUAAGUGUGGGGAAGCAUGCAAGGGCGAGGUGUUACGAGUGCAGAACAAGCACUUCCACAUCAAGUGUUUCACAUGCAAAGUGUGUGGAUGCGACCUGGCGCAGGGAGGGUUCUUCAUGAAGAAUGGAGAUUACCUCUGCACUCUGGACUACCAGCGUAUCCAUGGCACCCGCUGUAACACCUGCGGGGAGUUUGUGGAGGGGGAGGUGGUCACUGCCCUGGGGAAGACCUACCACCCAGCCUGCUUCGUCUGCACCAUCUGCAAGCGGCCGUUUCCUGCUGGAGACAGAGUGACGUUUAAUGGAAAGGACUGCCUGUGUCAGUACUGCGCCGAACCCAUGUCUCCUGGCCCCACCAAGGACAUCACUGGGCCUAGCACGUGUGCUGGUUGUGGUAGGGACAUUAAGAAUGGCCAGGCACUGCUAGCCUUGGACAAACAGUGGCACUUGGGCUGCUUCAAAUGUAAAGCCUGUGGCAAAGUACUGACCGGAGAAUACAUCAGCAAAGAUGGCGCCCCCUACUGUGAGAAAGAUUACCAGAUCCAUUUUGGAGUGAAGUGUGAGGCAUGCCACCAGUUUAUCACAGGCAAAGUUCUGGAGGCAGGGGAUAAGCACUACCACCCCAGCUGUGCUCGCUGUAGCAGAUGUAAUCAGAUGUUCACUGAAGGAGAGGAAAUGUACCUGCAAGGAUCAACCGUUUGGCAUCCAGGCUGCAAGAGCUCCACCAGAACAGAAGAGAGACACAGGCCGACACGCUCGUCGUCCGAGAGUAUGUGUUCCAGACCUGGUUCAAGCGUACCUGGCUCACCGGGUCACACCAUAUAUGCAAAAGUAGACAAUGAGAUCCUUGAUUACAGGGAUCUAGCUGCCAUUCCCAAAGUCAAAGCCAUUUAUGACAUUGAGCGUCCAGAUCUUAUCAACUACGAGCCACUUUACACCACUUCCCUUGAUGAGUCUCUUGAGGAGAGAGAGAGUGUGGGAGAGACACCAAGAACCAUGUCACCAACUCCAUCUGCAGAUAGUUAUUACGACAUGAGGGGGCACAUCCUCCAGAGGUCUACAAGCCAAGGCUCCAUUGGAUCACCCAUCUACAGUCGCCAUAGUUACACACCAACAAUGUCACGCUCACCACAGCACUUUCACAGGCCAGGCACUGAGCCGUCCAGUGGCCGGAGCUCCCCUGGGGCCAGCUCUUCUUCUGUCCCCCCGACCCCUAAACAUUUCCAUCUGCCAGAUCAAAGUGAGAACAUCUACAGGAAGCCCCCCAUCUACAAACAGCACGCCCAAAGCAAGUCUGCAGAUGACAUCAUCAAAUCUGCCAAAUUUCCCUCGGCGUUCGCCCCCAGUCAAGACGAUGCACCUAAGAUAGAGACUGACUACUGGCCAUGUCCGCCUGCCAGGACCACCCUAGGGUCCGAUGGAAGGAGGAGGUCAAGAGAGGAAGAUGAGGAGGAACUUAGAAAGCGAAGACAACUCCAAGAAGAGCAUCUCACCAAAAUGCAGUCUGGCCUCGGAAAGCUCAUCUUGAAGGAGGAGAAGGAGAAGCAGCUGAUCCGAGAGCGUCAUGCACGGAGUCUGUCUGCACAACGGCACGCAAGCGCAGAUCCAAACUCUCCUUCCAAAACAGGCUCCCUACCUGGAUAUGGGCGAAAUGGUCUACAUCGGCCUCAGUCCACUGACUUUACACAGUAUAACAGUUACGUGGACGUGUGUGGCGGAAUGCGAGAGUUUCAGCCCUUGCAGGAUGGCCAUCGGUCAGUCAACAGAAUGGACAGGGGAGUUUCUAUGCCUAAUAUGUUGGAACCAAAAGUAUAUCCGUACGAAAUGCUCAUGGUAACCAGCCGUGGCCGCACUAAGCUGCCUAGAGACGUGGAUAGAACCCGACUUGAGCGCCACCUGGCUCCUGAGACGUUCUUUGACAUCUUUGGGAUGGAGAUUGAAGAGUUUGACAGGUUGCCUCUGUGGAAGCGAAACGACAUGAAGAAGAAAGCCAGACUCUUCUAACCGUGCUGCCGUACCUCCAUAAGAGACCCCAGUACCCCCUCGCUCAUCUAACGUAGCCAUA